CCAAGAAGCAGACAUGGAGGCUGCCAGUCUAGAGGAGGUGGGUGAUGUUCCUGAGACCGCUGCCUCCCCCGAGAAGGAGCCUCAAACCAUAGAAACAGAAGAACCGACAGAAAGCUACGAUAGAGAUGAGACCACAAUGGACGAUUCCAUCCUGGACAGCUCCUGGGUUGACACACAAGAUGAUGAUAAAAGUAUGGUAACAGAGCAGAUUGAGCACUUGCCCAAGGUGCCCAGCCCAGUCAAAAAGCCUGGUGUGGUCCCGCACAAGCAGGCACAACAGAAGAAGCCAGAGAAACAGGAGAAGCCAGUCAAACCAAAGGCCAAAGGAGGGCGGGCUAGAGGUCGAAUCUCCACACCAGAACGCAAACCUGUCCACAAAGAACCUGUCUACAUCCCCAGAGAGGAAGUCAAGAAGAAAAAAGCUGUGAUAAGGAAGACUGAGCUUACCAAAAAAAUGGAGACUCAAACUCAAUCUCCAUCCAAGAGGAGCAUGAUGAAACCAGCAGUCCGCGAGACCCGCCACACCCAGCACCAAUCUUGCCCCAGAAGGAGACUCACAGAGGCCCUGCCAGACAGCCGUCAGCCUCUCAGUGUUGCAAGACAGUCUCGCGACAGAGCAUCGGACGGUGGAUCACGGAGCCCGGAGAAGAGGUCCUCUAUGCCGCGCCAUGCCUCCAUUCUGAGUCGCCGUGGGUACCAAGACCAGGAGGAGAGUUCCACCUCCAUCACCAGCUCCGGCUCUACCGCUCCCCGCAGACCCACAUUAACAGAAUCAGUACGCUCCCGUUCGGCUCGCAGUGGCCACUCCACCCCCCGCACCCCUGGCUCCACAGCCAUCACCCCAGGGACCCCUCCCAGCUACUCAUCAUCUUCAAGGACCCCUGGAACCCCUCGCUCCCUCAGCUUGAUUUCCCAGGAGAGGAAGGUGGCCGUAGUCCGCACCCCACCCAAGUCGCCUGCAACCACACCCAAGCAGCUUCGCAUCAUCAACCAGCCGCUGCCCGACUUCAAGAACGUCAAGUCAAAGAUUGGCUCCACGGAGAAUAUCAAGUACCAGCCCAAAGGAGGACAGGUGCAGAUACAGAAUAAGAAGAUUGACUUGAGCCAUGUGACUUCCAAGUGUGGCUCUCUAGACAACAUCCAUCAUCGGCCAGGGGGAGGUAACGUGCGUAUAGAGAGUGUGAAGUUGGACUUCAAAGACAAAGCCCAAGCCAAGGUGGGUUCCCUGGAUAAUGCUCACCACAUUCCUGGUGGAGGCCACUUCGCGAUUGAGAGCCACAGGAUGACAUUUCGCGACCACGCCAAGGCCCGAGUCGACCACGGAGCUGAGAUCAUCAUCCAGUCGCCAGGCCUGUCCGGCUCAGUUUCUCCCCAGCGCCACCGGGACAGCCACCUGUCCUCCUCCGGCAGUCUCAACAUGAUGGAGUCGCCGCAGCUAGCAACCCUGGCCGAGGAUGUCACUGCGGCUCUGGCUAAGCAGGGUUUGUGAACACUGGAUCUGUGGGUUCGUCCUCUGCACUCCGGACAUCCUCACCCUGAUCCCCCCAAACUUUUCUGCCCACCCCUGGCACCCUGAGGCCAGCCUCAGCUAAACCACAGCCUCUGAACAUCUCCACUUCAAGAUCCAUCUCUCAACCCUAAGUAGAGACUCGAAUUAGGAGCUGCUGUACUCUGGUCCUCUUUAUUUCCUGUCUAUUUUAAACCCAAAUAUGUGUUAUUUCUGAUUCAUUUUGUUGGCCUCUCUCUCUUUGAAUAAU